AUGGUGCUGUUCGACAAUACCCAGGAGGCGGCAGCAGAUCAACAGCUGGAGCUCUGUGUUAACGACUCCAAGUUCUGGCUCAGAUUCUUCACGAAAGCAUACAUGCUGCAGGAAGUCGACUGCAGCGAUCUGAGUAAAGCCUUCAAAAUAUAUCUCAAACAUCUCCAACAUCUUGACUCAGGCAACGUCCUCUUCCAAGUGAUUCUUCGCAUCUCGCGCUGGCUGAAGCCGCCCAACGAUAUUGAGACAGCUAAACUCAACAUUGCUGCACACUAUGAUACCUCUAAUGGUCAUUUCACCCACUUCCUCUCUCUUUGA